CAGUAUAUUUUAUAUAAAUUAUACAAAUGUGGCACAAAGUGAAACGGAUUGUAAUCUUCUAUCUUGCAGUAAAUUGUGUGUCAGCCGAGGAUACUGAGGCUGAAAAGCUGUUUCGGGAACUGGAAGUUGUGCCCGAUAUAUUGGAUGAACCACCCAAGGAAUUGCUGAAGAUUGAGUACGAUGGCGGCUUGGAUGUUGGCAGAGGUGAAGAGUUCACUCCCACGCAAACUAAAGAUGAGCCGAAGUUGGAUUGGACUGCCGAGCCAGAUGCGUUUUAUACAAUUAUAAUGACCAAUCCGGACAUACCGACGCGACAGAACCCAGCGACGCGCGAAUGGCUACACUGGUUGGUGGUUAACAUACCGGGCACAGAUUUGGCUAAAGGUUUCGUGCUAGACCCUUACAUCGGACCAUUGAAUCCAAAGGAGAGUGGUUUGGUGCGAAAUGUUUUUCUGGUCUUCAAGCAACUCGACAAACGAGAAUUCGGUGAACCCAUACUCAAUAAUACGAGUGUGGCUGGCCAUGAGAGAUUCUCUUCGAAGGGCUUUGCUAAAAAAUACGGUAUGGAGCUGGUGGCUGGCAAUAUAUUCCAAUCACGUUGGGACGAGUAUGUUACGCUAUUGCAUAAACAAUUUGGUAUUACAAAGUAAGAAGUUAAUUGAGAAAUUCUUUUCACAUACUAAUGUACACUAUAUUUUCAUAAAUAUAUUAGAACCAUAUUCCUACCCUUCACUACAGAAUGCCUAAAAAAUUUUCGUAUUGUAUUUGUAAUUUCAGCACGGUCCUUUAGGCACCUUAAAUAUUGGUUAAAAUUAAAUUAUUCUAAAUAUUCGCUAUUAUAAUAAUAAUGUCUGUCAUAAAGUCAGUAAAAUAAAUUCGUUGCUAUUUCUGAAACAA